AAAAAAACUGAAUUGGGGAAAAAUAGACCACUUGGAACAGAUUGAAAAACAUGAGAGUGGAUCCUUACAUUCCUUUAUGCAUUCACCUUAUAAAUGGAGAUAAGCAUUUCUUCAUCUUCACCCAUUUAAAAAUAUAACAUAGGAAAAAAUUGAAAUUUUCGUUCUCAUUUAUUUUUAAAAAAUUAUUUCAGCCCUCAUAUUUUUUUCUCACAGAUAAGUCCUUAAUUUGAAGUUUUUUAGUCCUCAUGUUUUCUUGUAAAAUACAAUUAGUUCCUGAAUUAAAAAACAAUUUUGCAAUUAAGUCCUUUAUGUCAAACAGUAGUCAAAUCUCGAAAGCUCUAUUUUCCUAAAUUUAGAGUUUGUUCAUUAUUUGCAACCUCCAAUGGAGUUUUGUAGCUUUAAAUGCUGAUGUUAAUUUGCAAGCAUGGAGGGUCAGCUUCAUAGAAAAUGUUUGCGGCAGGCAGGCUGGCAGAGUUUCCUUCAGACGGAAAUUCGUGUACCAAAGGAGUUUCCUUGUGGAGUGCACAGGUGGAAGUCCGUGUAUCAAUAGAGUUCUCUUUCUCGCGGCAACAUUUUUUGGAACAUAAAAAUGACGUGUCUGCUGUCUCUUUCAAGAAAAGAAAGAGAGAGGCGUGUUUUCCUCCAGAUUUUCUUUUUCAUAUCGACGUUUGCAGGUAGAAUUCACUUCUUCAAUUUGGUGAUACUGAUAUGCAGCUGGUUUCCUCCCUUUCUAAUUUUCUUAUCUAUCAAAAGCCAGAGUUAUUUAAAAAAACAAAAACAAAAAAAGAGUUACUUCUUUCUUCACUUUUGCACAUCAAGCAAUUUUUUCUGUGCAAUUUUCUUCUCUUUUUUUAUUCACUUUUAAUAUGUAAAGAAUAUAUUUGAGAAUCUGGUUUACUUCAUAAAUAUAUUAAAAUAAUAACUUUUAAAAGAUAUUUUUAACAUUAAUACAUUAAAACCAUUUAAAAACAUAAAAAAAAAACUAAUGCCUGGAAACAAAGCUAAGUUAAAUUAUACUUGAAAAAAACACCUAAACAAAUUAUCUUAUAUAUAUAUAUUUGGAUAAGAAAUAUAUUGGGUGGAAAAAGUAUAUACCUUACCAAUCUCAUUUUUGUAUGUUAGUCGUCUGUGGCUGCAUGGAUGCAAAGAUGGAGCCCUGUAAAUUCUGGUAGAACUCUAUCCAUGCACUCAAUUUCUUUCUCUCUUCAUGAAAUGGCAAGGGAUGAGGACAGAUGCAUUUAAUAGGAUUUGACUCAUAGGCCUACCAACUAGAUAACCCCAGUCGAGGACCCCAUAUAGCUUUGGCAAAAACUUCAACAUUAGACGGCACCCAAGUAGAUUUUAGAUGGUAGGAUUUGUCUGCCAGAUACCACAUUGUCAAUAAAUAUCCAACCACGAAUGCUGCUCAUCAUGCUGUUCUCAAAGCAAUCAAAAGUUUCUCGUUCCUCCCUUUUGCUCUCUUAUUACAGCUGAAUUGAGUCGAGGAGAAGAAAUUUGUUAUUUCUGGCACAAGAUGGCAACUGGCAAUGAACAGUUUCGGUUUCCACUGCAGACCCAGCCCCAGCAACCGGGGAAAGAAUAUCUCAUGCAUCCACUUCCACAGGCCAUAAAUCCCAAGUACCAGCCUUCCAACAAGCUCCAUGGAAAGGUAGCUCUGGUGACUGGAGGUGAUUCUGGGAUAGGAAGAUCUGUGUGCUACCAUUUUGCAUUAGAGGGUGCAACUGUGGCCUUUACAUAUGUAGAAGGGAUAGAGGACAGGGACAAAGAUGAAACCCUGCAGAUGCUACUCAAGGCAAAGUCAAAUGAUGCAAAAGAGCCUAUUGCCAUAGCUACCGAUGUUAAGUUUGAAGAGAAUUGCAAGAAGGUUGUUGAUCAAGUUGUGAGCGAAUUCGGGCAGAUUGAUAUUCUGGUGAACAAUGCAGCUGAGCAAUACUACGUAACUGCAAUUGAAGAGAUUACCGAGUCUAGGCUUGAGAGAAUUUUUAGAACCAAUAUAUUUUCUCAAUUCUUCAUGGCCAGGCAUUCUCUAAAAUACAUGAAAGAAGGGAGCUGUAUCAUCAACACAGCAUCUGCUAAUGCCUACACCGGGGGCUCACAAUUUCUGGACUACAGCUCCACUAAGGGAGCCAUUGUAACUUUCACCAGGGGUUUGAGCCAACUACUUAUAAGCAAGGGGAUUCGUGUCAAUGCUGUCUCUCCAGGUCCAGUCUGGACGCCAAUACAACCAGCAUCACUGCCCGCUGAAAAGGUUGCGAGCUUAGGGUCUGAUGUGCCAAUGGACAGGGCAGCACAGCCUUAUGAGAUCGCGCCUUCUUAUGUGUUCCUAGCAUCCAAUGAGUGUUCCUCCUAUUUUAAUGGCCAGGUUCUGCAUCCUAAUGGCGGGCUAAUUGUCAAUGCUUGAUCUGGUCAUGGGUUUUUGGCCAGCUCUUUUGUUCUGCUCGCUCUGCAACUGGCCCUGUAUUAUGGUGGGGAGACAAUAAGUAUUUGGGCUGAGCAUGGUAAACUAGGCAAGGAAUCAGGCUCAUGAGGAACCGUUCCUGUGAUUGCUAUGCUAAUUUAUUAUCGUUUUUUAUCCCUAUGUUUAUGCAUAUGAAGCCUGUGGUUAUCCUGGCGUUUCAGCCAACUCCGGUAGUUUAAUUGGUUGUGUUUCCUAUCCUUCUGUACCAAUGUUAUCUCAGGCCCUGAGGGUAUAAUCCCAAAGGAAACAGAGGAGGGUUGAGCUUGGAUUUUCCAGCUUCAGGAUUAUGUGAUGAAAUUUCAUUGGAACAGGGUGUGGAAUUUAUGGGAUGGUAGACAAUGUUGUUAUAUAAUUUCAAAAUUCUAUUAAUGAAUCUUCUAUAAUGAAAGAAAUGCUUGCUUUGUGAUCA